UUUAGAUACUUUUAAAUGGCAGUGUAUACAUAAAAAAGUGCACCGCGAAAAUUUAUGUAGAUCAAACAUUAAAGAACAUUUUGAAAGAUGAAGGUACCUAUACAUAAUAUCAACCAUCACGAAAAAAUUGCAUAAAGUAUAUCAAAAAAAUUAUUUUCUAAUGGACUUAAACGACGAAUUGGAAAGGCCUUCAAAAAUCAUCAAUAGAGGAACUUUAACUAAGCCAGAACUAACACAAACGUUUACAGGUAUAGAUAUUAAUAAUAUUCAUCAAUGUUUAUACCGCUCUCGUAGAUCAUCAUAUCCAAAAUUCCCAACUAAUAUUACAGAAGCAAUUAACGUAAUGAACGAAUGUCAAAUUAAAACUGUCCAGGAUGAAAACUUUAUUCUUGUUGUUGAUUCAGUAAACAAAAUUAUAUGUUUUUCGACAGAAUCGAAAUUAAAAUUGCUAUAUUCAGUAGACAGAAUAUUUGUGGAUGGUACUUUUACCUACUGUGCAAAAUAUUUUCUUCAGUUUUUUACUAUCCACAUAUUCAAGAACGGACAUUAUAUUCCACUCGUAUACUUUUUACUACUAGACAAAUGUAAAGUCACAUAUGCACGAUCGUUUGAAUAUGUGGUUGAUAAAUGUUUGAAAAUUGAUUUAUUAUUCUCUCCAUCAAAAUUAGUUUCCGAUUUUAAAGAAGCAUAUUGGUGCAAAAAUAAUAUGGCCAGAAAUACGGAUCGUCGGUUGCAGAUUUCAUUUAACACAAAAUUGGUGGAAAUACAUUCAAAGUCUUGACUUAUCAAAAGAAUAUAAAGAUGCAUCAAAUGAAAUAGGUAAUUGGCUAAAAUGGGAUUACCAUUAUUGAAUCCAGAAGAAGUAAGAGAUUGCUUUAUGACAGAUUUGAUGUCAGUAUCUCCAGAUGAUGAAAGGCAUCAAGAAAUAACUUCGGAACGUACUAACAAUAGCUGUGAGUCUUUCCACUCAAAAUUAAAUUCACAAUUCACAAAAGGUCAUCCAAACAUUUUCAUAUUCACCCAUAUUUUAAAUCAAAAAAAUACAUACUGACAGUUACAUACACAUAA